UUAUAAAGGGCGACAAAGUACGUGCUUGCUGCGAAUCCCAAAAUACCACAGCAUCGAAACCGAAUGUCAGCCAAUAGUUAUACUCAGAUACUCUAUCCCCUCCCAUCGCUACCCAUCUCUUCACAGACACCUCGAAAACGAGCUCGUAUACUAAACCACUCCACCGCUAUCUCUAUCACUACUGCCACCAAACCCAUAGCUCACUCACCCUCUUCCCUCCCAUCGAUAGAAUCACUGCGAUUCCAGGUUCGUUCCAAUCUUUUCCGGGAAUCCAUUUUGACUUACAUUCACAUGACAAGCAGUGGGAUUCCUCCGGACAAUUUCGCUUUUCCUGCAAUUCUGAAGGCCGCUACUGCUCUUCACGACUUGAAUUUGGGGAAGCAGAUACAUUCCCACGUAGUGAAAUUCGGCUACGAUUCGGCUUCGGUGACCGUGGCUAAUACCCUUGUCAACGUGUAUGGUAAAUGCGGUGAUAUUGAGGAUGCAUGCAAGGUGUUUGAGAGAAUUGCCGAGAGAGACCAAGUUUCUUGGAAUUCGAUGAUUGCGGCUUUCUGUCGUUUUGAAGAUUGGGAACUUGCUUUGGAGGCGUUCCGGUCUAUGCUAGCGGAGGUAAACGUGGUGCCUAGCUCUUUUACACUGGUGAGUGUGGUACAUGCUUGUUCGAAUCUGGAUAAGCGUCGUGGUUUAUGGCUUGGAAAGCAAGUUCAUGGAUAUAGUUUGAGGAAUGAGGAUAGGAAGACGUUUACAAUCAAUGCUUUGAUGGCUAUGUAUGCUAAGCUUAGACGAGUUGAUAAGUCCAUAGCUUUAUUUCAGUUAUUUGAGGACCGUGAUUUAGUUUCGUGGAACACCAUAAUAAGUUCGUUAUCACAGAACGACCGAUUUGUAGACGCGUUAGUGUUCUUGCGCAAGAUGGUUCUUGAAGGAAUUAAAGUAGAUGGAGUCACCAUUGCAAGCGUUCUUCCUGCCUGCUCUCAUUUGGAGAUGCUAGACUUGGGGAAGGAAAUUCAUGCUUAUGCCGUGCGAAAUAAAAAUUUGGUUCAAAAUUCUUAUGUGGGAAGUGCUUUAGUUGACAUGUACUGCAACUGUAAACUAGUAGAGAGUGGUCAACGAGUGUUUGACUCUAUCUUGGAGCGGAGGAUUGCUCUUUGGAAUGCUAUGAUUACUGGUUUUGCACAAAAUGAGCAUGAUGAGGAGGCCUUGAACCUCUUCCUUGAAAUGUAUGCUUUUUCUGGGAUCUCUCCCAAUGCCACCACUAUGUCAAGUAUUGUUCCUGCUUGUGUCCGCUGUGAAGCUUUCUCUCAUAAAGAAAGUAUCCAUGGCUAUGUGGUAAAAAUGGGUUUUGUGAGGGACCGUUAUGUGCUAAAUGCGUUAAUGGACAUGUACUCCAGGAUGGGGAAGAUAGAAAUAUCUAACAAUAUAUUUGAAAGUAUGGAAGAAAGAGAUAUAGUAUCUUGGAACACUAUGAUAACUGGUUAUGUUAUUUGUGGAUACCAUGAUGAAGCACUUAGUUUGCUACAUGAGAUGCAACGAGUAAAUGAUGAGAAAAACAAAAUCGAUGGUGAACUGAAGGGUGAAACAGGAAUUCGUCUUAAGCCAAAUUCAGUAACACUCAUGACAAUUCUCCCUGGUUGUGCUGCAUUGUCAGCACUUGCUAAGGGUAAAGAAAUUCAUGCUUAUGCAAUUCGACAUUUGUUAGCAUCUGAUGUGGCAGUUGGAAGUGCCCUAGUUGACAUGUAUGCAAAAUGUGGUUCCUUGAAUGUAGCAAGUGCCGUCUUUAAUGAAAUGCCCAUUCGAAAUGUGAUCACAUGGAAUGUACUCAUUAUGGCCUAUGGAAUGCAUGGGAGAGCUAAAGAAGCCUUGGAACUAUUUGAGAACAUGAUAGCUGAAAAAGUCAAUAAUAAAGAAGUGAGACCCACCGAAGUUACAUUUAUAGCAGUUUUUGCAGCAUGUAGUCACUCUGGGAUGAUUUCCGAAGGUUUGAAAUUGUUUCAUAGAAUGAAAGAGGACUAUGGGGUUGAACCUAUACCAGAUCAUUAUGCGUGUGUUGUAGAUUUACUUGGCCGAGCUGGUAAAGUGCGGGAGGCAUUUCAACUGAUCAACACCAUGCCUCCUAACUAUGACAAAGCAGGUGCUUGGAGUAGCCUUCUUGGUGCUUGUCGAAUUCAUCAGAAUGUAGAGAUUGGGGAGAUUGCAGCUGAAAAUCUCUUGCAGUUGGAGCCCAAUGUAGCUAGCCACUACGUUCUUCUCUCUAACAUCUACUCAUCUGCUGGACUUUGGGACAAGGCAACGAACAUUCGGAGAACGAUGAAGGAAAUGGGGGUAAGAAAAGAACCUGGCUAUAGUUGGAUCGAAUUUGGUGAUAAGGUGCAUAAGUUUUUGGCUGGAGAUGGAUCCCAUCCACAAAGUGAGCAGCUCCAUGAAUUUCUUGAGAGCCUCUCUGUUAGGAUGAAAAAGGAAGGAUAUGUGCCUGAUACUUCUUGUGUGCUUCAUGAUGUUGACGAGAAAGCAAAAGAAACUUUGCUUUGUGGGCACAGUGAGAAACUGGCGAUAGCUUUCGGGAUUCUGAAUACUCCUCCUGGAAAAACCGUUAGAGUUGCCAAGAACCUUAGAGUUUGUAACGACUGCCACGCUGCUAGUAAGGUUAUCUCCAAGAUAGUGAACAGGGAAAUCAUCUUAAGGGAUGUAAAGAGAUUCCAUCAUUUUAGGAAUGGAACUUGUUCUUGUGGAGAUUAUUGGUAAAGAUAAAUUGAGAAAAAGGAAAAGGAGGGGAGGGGAGAAUCAUAACCUCAUUUUUCACAUGGAGGGUACUUAUCUUUUCUUAUGAUUUUAUUUUUUUUGUCACGUUUGAACUUCUGCCGUCAUUUUUGGAUUUCUUGUAUUAUAAUUGUUCAACUAAUUUAAGGAUUACAAAUAAGAACCAAAAAGUGUAUAAAGAAAAUUGGAAUA